AUGCUCCUCUGGCUGCUGUUGCUGCUGUUGAAUUCGAGACCGACCCUCCAAGAGCAGCAUCGAGACUUUUAUCGAGGCGAGGCUCGCAAUCAAUACGGACAUCGACUGGCCAGCAGCAACGCAGCCGGUGCCACCACAGGCGGCCAUCACGGGGCGCGGACACGCGAGAUCCAAGUCAAGUACGGCCGACUGCGUGGCACCGUCGUACAGCCACGAGCCGAAGGUCUUCAAUUGGUCGACGUUUUUCUCGGAGUGCCUUACGCCGAGCCACCGAUAGGCCAGCACCGUUUCGAACCACCGACCACGCAGACGCCAUGGACGGGAGUCCGCCACUUCGACAGGUUCGCCCCGGUUUGCCCGCAGGUGCUGCCCAACAUGGAGGAGGAGAUCGACUCGACGAGGCACAGGUACCUGAAAAAGCUGCUGCCCUACCUGCAGAACCAGAGCGAGGAUUGCCUGUACUUAAAUAUUUACGCGCCUCAUCAGAACAACAGCCAGAAAAACAAUUUGGAAAGGUACCCGGUGAUGGUGUUCGUGCACGGCGAGAGCUACGAGUGGAACAGCGGAAAUCCAUACGACGGCACGGUGCUGGCGGCUUACGGCAACGUUAUUUUCGUUACCGUCAACUUCCGAUUGGGGAUUUUGGGUUUCUUGCGACCCGGAACCAAAGACGAAACGGCCAGCAACUUCGGUCUGCUCGACCAAAUAGCCGCGCUCGCCUGGCUCAAGGACAACAUCGGCCAAUUCGGCGGAGAUCCGGCGAGCAUUACGCUGCUCGGCCACGGCACCGGUGCAGUCUUCGUCAAUUUGCUGCUGCUCAGCCCCAUCAACGCCGGUCUCUUCAAACGAGCCGUCUUGAUGUCUGGAUCGGCUCUUAAUCCAGAUGCCAUUGGCAAAGCCCCGCUGCAAAUCACAAAACAGGUCGCUUACGCGCUCAACUGUCCGCAAGUCAGCGACGAGGAGCUGUCGGCCUGCCUGAAGAAUCGCUCGGUGCAGGAUUUGCUCAACGUCAAGAUUCACAAGCCCAAGUUCGUGCCCGCGUUCGCGCCACUGGUCGACUCGGCCGUCAUACCGGACAAACCAGGCAAUUUAAUGAAGAAUGCCGAGCGUCUCUCCAGAUUCGACCUGAUGUACGGCGUGACGGAGCUGGAAAAAUUCAAUUUGCUGCCUGGGCUCGCGCUGCUCGAAGGAUUAUCCAGCGCCAGGCGGGACGAAUUCAUUCGCGAAAGCGUCAAAGCGAGCCACGAACUCGAGCCCGAGCUGAUUCUGCGCAAAGUUCUCGAGCACUACGGCAGGGACGAAGACGAGAGGAGCGGCAGAGGCAGCGGUGGCGUCGGCAGCAGCAGCAGCGGCGACACGCGCCAGCGUAAUCGAGACUUAGCGCUCCAAGUGGUCUCGGACAGCGGAAUCGUGGCGCCUCUCGUAGCUACGGCUAAUAUGCACUCCAGAGCCAAUCCCAAAAGCUACAUGUACGUGUUUUCGCAUCCCAAAUCCAUUAGGGACAAACUUUCUCUCGAUAUCAACGAGCAGAUCCAGCGCACGGUUCAUGGCGAGGAGCUGCCUUACGUAUUGGGUAUUCCAUUGAGCGGCGAGGGCCAUCACCUGAGCGCAGCUUACGACAGAGGCGAGGCGCUGCUGUCGAAGGCCAUCAUGGACUGGUGGUGCAAUUUCGCUUAUUCAGGGAGCCCGAACAACGUCAGGCCACCACCGAGGAGACUGUCUUACCUGAGUGAUGACUACGAGGCCACCUCGCCCUACCAAAUAGACUGGCCGGAAUACGACCCCGAAAACCAGACGUACUUUAAUCUUACCACACCGCCGCAUGUAGGGCACGGCUAUCGCGCCGCGGAAAUGGAAUUUUGGAACGAGGAGAUACCGCAGCUGCUACGCCGACCCAAAGUUAUCGAGCUGUCGACGGAACAGCAGAAGGCGGCCCAGGCGAGGCGUCCGCGUCCGGGUCUGCUGGACAUUUUCGACCGGGAGUACGGCAAUCGAAGCGAACCGGCCAAUGUGCUAAAUCCUGGUGGGAAUUCCAAUGGCGACGACGACAACGAGCUCUUUACAGCCUCUAAUCUUGGCGAUGGCGACGGCGAAACACGCCAAAAGGUCAACUACGGAGCCGAAUUCGGUGGCAAAGGUGUCGGCGACGGUGGUGUCAGUGGUGGAAACGGCACAGGGGAAGAUAGGCCUCGAAGCACCUCGGCGAUGUCGUUACUCAUCGGAUUCGGCGUCGUGUUCCUCCUGAUCAAUGCCACGGCUCUGUUCUAUCUGUAUCGCAAGUGCCACGGUCUGCGCAAUAAAGCCGGGGGCGGCGUCGGCGGCGGCAAUCAUCACACAUUGCUACGUUCGCCCCACGUUAUUGGCGUGGCUCACGCGCAGCAUCAUCAUGAGGAGGAGCGCCAGCAGCAGCUCGGCUAUUGCAACAGCGCCAGCAAGCCCGACCUGCGCGAAAUCAUCAAGAACGACAAGGCCUACGAUAACAAUUCCAACUUCGGCCGGAGAUCGAGGGAUAACUCGUCGUCGACCAUCGACACCAAGGUCAAAGUGAGAGAGUGGAUUCAGCAGGAGAUCGUUCACAGGUGCUCGCCACGCUUUCUCCGUAAAACCCGAGAGACGCUUCAACGUGAGCACCGUGAAAAGUUGAUGCGUCAGCAGCAACAACAGCAGCACACGCUACAGUUCGGCGAAGAGGAAGAGGCCGCCGCAGCCGCCACGCAAGACUGUAACUUGGCUCAAAUUCGCGUAAGACCGGGUGUCCGCCGAGGGCCACCGCCGCCCAAAGUUUCCGUAGGCAUUGACGCCACAAUCACGGCUCGCACCAACUCCGUACUCGAUCAAAUUCCCAUCGAGCUGUCUCGGGCGGCUGCCGCGACUGCCACGGACGAGUAUCUCGACGCAGCCGGCGUUGCGCUGCUAUCCGAGUACUGCGAGCCCUCGGAUUUGCAGCAAAGCGACGAGAAACAACUGCAUUUGGACACAAAAGGAGGACCAAACACGGUGGUCGUGGAGCAUCAUCAUUCCAAGGAUGCGAAUUCGUUGUCGGCCGGCAAGACCGUCGGGCGCAUUCACGAGUCCGACUCGGGCAGUGCCAGCAGUCUCUACGCUAAGGUCAAUCCCAUGAUGAAAUCCCGUUUUCUGAAGAAUCAGCGAAAUCAACAGAACGACGCCGAGUUAGGGCAGUUGCAAUUGCCUCAGCAGCAGCAGCAACCGGUAAACGCAUCAACGACUCUGCCGUGUCUGCUGACGUUCAGGAGCGAUGUGCCGCUCGACGUGAACGUGACGAGCCGCGAGGAGCCCAGCAGCAAUGACUUGGCGGUGGCAGCAUCGGCCAACAGUACGGCCGACAGUCACGAGGAAGCCCUCCGGACAAUCAGGCGUCGCAAUUACCCCAAGGUACUGCCGGACAUCGAGAAACGCCGAUCGUUACCACCGAGGCAAAGACCGCUCGAGCCGCCCUCACCGCCACCGAGACUCUACGGCACAUCCAGAAGCCUGGACUGCGUGGAGGACGGUGACGAAGAGGAGGGUGGAGACGACGAGAACACAACGACAUCGAUCUUACACGUUGGUCCAUUGCGCAAAAAAACCGACUCGACUGGCAAGAACAGAUCGGUGCCGAGUCUGGUGGAUGCCGGGGACCAGUAUCAGAAACAAUUGUCGAGCGCAUCGAGUCUCCCAAUGUGCCCGGUGCACGGCAGUUUGAGAGACGUUUUUUCCGCGGAAACGCUGCCGGCACGCAGCGAGCCGAGAAUCGUCAUCAAGCCUAGGCUCACGGAGAAUCAAACACCGACGUUGCAGCGCGACCUACUCGCGGUGGACGAGCCGGACAGCCCGCGACGAGUCGUGGGCGAUCGUGCGGGCACGAAACUGCCUCGUAUCAUUAUCAAGCCGACGCAAAGCUCGGCGCAACAGCAGCUCGGCACUCUGCCGCGACCUCAGCGACCGGCCAAAUCCACGACGGUGCUCAAUCGAGCGCUCAAUCUCCAAGACAACGAGACGUAUCAGCGCUUGCUGGUGGCGCGUCGAGAAAAAAUGCCUCUGCCCGGUGAGCUAUCGACCGCUGCUGGUGGUGGUGCUGGCGGUGGCGCGACUUUAAUGCGUGUUCCCACGACGCUUCGCCGCACGGACGAAAGGUCAGAAGCCGCCUCAGCCUCAGCCGGCUUGCAGGGGGUCAACAUGCCAGACGCUGCAGUCACGAAGCUCUGA